CUUACUCGGACUGACCGUGAGAACCAGAAGUUGCAUGAGUUGACACACUCAAUGCGCUGAGUUCAUGAGUUCGAAACUCCUGCCAUUCUCAACUGAGAAACGGAGGCACAGAGUUUCAGUACCUCGCACAGGCCAUUCAGUGGAUAUAGGUGGUGGCGCCGGGAUCAGAACGGGGACAGUCAGAGCCGGGCUUGGAGGUCUCAGGGCGCAGUCCGGUAGCCGAUGGGCGGAGAAUGGGGCCAGGAAUUCAGUAGGAGGUUAAUUACCGCCGGCCAGCGUCACAACCCGCUCGCAGACCCACGCGGAGUGCGGUGCGGACUCGGCGUCCCCGAGGAGCUGGUCGCCCGCUGGGGCGCGGAGCCGCGGAGUCCGGGCGGGAGGACAGCCGGCGCCCGGGCGCGCGGGUGGCGGGUCUGGCUCGGGACCAUGGAGAAGACCAGCCUCCGGCCGUCCUAGAGCGGCGCUGCGCUGGGGAACGCCUCCGCCCGCGCUUCCGCCUCGGCGGCGGUCGGCGGGGGCGACCGGGUCUUCGGCGGCCCCGCGCCGUGCGGUGGCCCGCCCCCAGCCCCUGUCCCGGAGGUCGGGCGUCAGGGCCCACAGACAUCGCCCGAGGGGCCCUUGCCCGCCGAGGCGCCACCAACCCUCCUGCCCCGAAGAGCUGGCCUGACGUCCCCCGGCUCGCGGUACCCGGGGUGGGGGGCGGUGACGCGUGGGGUCGCCCACUUCCCGCGGUGGAGUGUUCAGAUUCGCGUCGGGUCUCCGGUCAGCAUCGCCCCCUUUCCCCGGGGGCCAGAUCACCACUUGGAUUUUGCCGUGCAGCCCGUGGUUGGUCCAGGGCCCGGUUAUCCUACCUUUUCUCUCAAUGCUCAUUUGGGAUCUUUGCCACCAUCGCUAGAAUCAUUCGGUACAAACUCACUGGUAAUUCAUUCAUCGUGGGCCAGGGAUUUUUCCUGAAAGCCACAAAUCCACGGCAGCUCUUGACUCUCGCUUCUCAGACAUUCUUUCGAGGAAUCUUCAGCCUCGCCAGGCAGCUUUGUCGAAUUUACACAGGAAGCAGAUUCAGCACCCCAGGAACCACUGGAGGAGCUCCGCAGGUGUUUGCUUUUCCAAACAGAGAGGGCAGUGCAUGAAGCCAGGGGUCAUCAGCCAUGCUCCAGACUCUGUGGUCCCAGGAGCCAGUGACCUUUGAGGACGUGGCCGUGUACUUCACCCGGAAUCAAUGGACUAUCCUGGACCCCAUGCAGAGGGCCUUGUACCGGGAGGUGAUGCUGGAGAAUUAUGCAAACAUAACUUCCUUGGGAGCAUUUCCAUUCCCCAAACCAGAGCUGAUACUCCAGCUGGAGCGAGGAGAGGCACCGCGGGGCCUGGAUCCCUGGACACCCACGGGGGGAGAGGCCCCGGGAGAUGUCCGCACAGGUGGUAAAAACAAGACUGCGAAGGGGGAGCAAACCCCAAGGCCGGACGUUUCUGGAGCAUCGGCGGCCCAGAGACUGGCGGUGGAGGGGCUGCUCCCGGACGGUCCCCAGCAGCCUCACCUUAAAGCCAGCUUGGAGCAGCCACCGCUGUGUGACCUGGGGGCGGACACGGGCUCACGCGGAGGGGGUUUCACGGGCUGGCCGGUGCAGGGGUACAGACCCUCCACCAGGGAAAGGGAGGAGCCAGCCAGCACACCGCAGGGAAGCGCCGGUGUCCGUGUCCUGACGAAGCCGGGCCUGCGCCGGGGACCGGCGGUUUCCGCGCGCGGCGAGCGCGGCCGGUGUUCCGGCCUGCCUUCAGACCUGCAGCGGCAUCAGAGCGUCCACACGGAUGACAGGCCCUUCGGGUGCAAGGAGUGCGGGAAGGCCUUCAGGUACAGCUCCAAACUGGCCCGGCACCAGAAGAGCCACACCGGGGAGAGGCCUUACUCGUGCCAGGAGUGCGGGCAGGCCUUCGGCCAGAAUUCCCACCUCCGGCAGCAUGGGAAACUGCACGGCGGCGACAAGCCCUACGAGUGUCAGGACUGCGGGAAGACCUUCAGCUACAACUCCAAGCUCCGCCGCCACCGGCGGGUCCACACGGGGGAGAAGCCCUUCCGGUGCGAGGCCUGCGGCAAGGCUUUCCGGUGCAGCUACGACCGCCUCGUCCACGAGCGAAUCCACACCGGGGAGAAGCCGUACGCGUGCCAGGCGUGCGGGAAGAGCUUCAGCUCCGCGUCGGUGCUCGGCCAGCACCAGCGAACCCACACCGGGGAGAAGCCGUACGCGUGCGAGGAGUGCGGGAAGGCCUUCGGCCGCAGCUCCGCCUUCCUCCAGCACCGGCGGCUGCACACGGGCGAGAAGCUGUUCAAGUGCACCGAGUGCUGGAAGACCUUCAGCUGCAGCUCGCGCUUGGCCGUGCACCGGCGGGUGCACACCGGGGAGAGGCCCUACGGCUGCCAGGAGUGCGGCAAGGCCUUCAGCCAGAAAGUCACGCUGGUCCAGCACCGGCGGCUGCACACCGGCGAGAGGCCCUACGAGUGCGCCGCGUGCGGCAAAGCCUUCAAGUGGAGCGCCAGCUUCGUCCAGCACCGCAAGCUGCACGCGCGCCGGGGGGCGGCGCCGGGGCCCGGGCCCCGCCGC